AUGCUGCGAGAAGUAAAACCUCGAAAUGCACGCACGGCUCGCAUUGUGAAAGCCAGAGAACCCCAACAAGUUGAGUCGCGGAAAAAAGUGUUACUUCUGCAUGGCUCAAAAUGUCCUCAACCAGUCGCUACGAUUCUUAAAACCGUGCACACCUUGACCAAACCAGACGCUGUCCAGUUGCACAAGAAAAAUGAAAAUAUUUACCCAUUCGAGGACCCCUCCUCUCUGGAGUUCUUGGCCUUGAAGAACGAGUGUGGUGUGGUGGUCUUUGGCACACAUUCAAAGAAGAGACCGAACAAUAUCACGAUCAUGCGCACGUUCGACGGGAAAUUACUUGAUAUGCUGGAAUUAUUGGUGUUGGUACCGCCAGAGCAGCAGGAAAAGAAAGACCAGUUACUCCAGGUGGGCGUAGCGAUGAAGCCCUUGAUUCUGUUUAGUGGGUCGCAGUGGGACGACACUUCCGCCUCGGCCCAGGCAGCGCAGUACAGCACUAUCAAGUCAAUCAUGCUCGAUCUGUUUCAAGGAGAGGAAAUCGCUUCGAUUGAUGUUGCCGGACUCCAAUUUCUACUGAUGAUAGCAGCGGGCGAGAGCUCAAAUGCUUCGGCGGAUAUCAGCGAUCCAACGAAUAAGCCCGUUUUGCAUCUCAGAUGGUACAAGAUCAGAACACUGCGAUCCGAGAAUCCAAAGAUACCAAGAGUCGAACUCGACCCGGUCGGACCCACUUUCGACUUUCGAGUCGGUCGCUAUCGCGAGGCCGAUGCUUCCGCCAUGAGGGAUGCUCUUCGCCACGGCCGAAGACCCAAUGAGGCACGCACAAAGAAGAACAUUGAGACAGAUUUGGUGGGAGACAAGAUCGGCCGAGUCCAUCUUGGAAAACAAGAUCUGUCAACCCUACAGACUCGCAAGAUGAAAGGGCUCAAGCGAGGACGAGCGGAUAUCGAAGCAGACUCGCAAGGCGACGGUAGUGAGAACGAAGAUCUCGGAAGUGGGGACGAUGAUUUGGACGAUGGGGGUAUGGAACUAGAUGGGGACGACUCGGAUGGUGGCAGCAGUGGCGGUGGUACUGGAGACGAAAUCAGUAUUGGCGAGGACGACGAUCAGGAAAUGGAGGAUGUCACGGACGAGAAACCGAAGCGACAGCGACUUGCUUGA